AUGCUUCGACCGUUUAUGAUAAUCAGCGUUGUGCCUGAAUGUUCUGCGGAAUUAAAGCCCGUUGUUUGUCAGAAGUUCCAAUCAUUAGAUUUUGCAUUCGCGUUUUAUGAUGUAUAUGCCCGCGCUGUUACAACGUGGUAUUAUGUCGUAUGCAAUAGGGAAGGCCAGAAGAAGUCCAACGAGGAUGACCAAUUGAAUGCACGUUCUGGUUUCUCAAUGAAGCACCGACGGUUAUCCAGGCGCUGUGGUUGUAAAGCGAGUAUAUCAUUCAAGUACUUCUCUGAAAGAGGACAUGCAGGAUAUAUAGUACAGGAUUUCAACGAGGUUCAUAACCAUGAUAUGGUUGAGUCAGAGCAUCAGCAUUUUAUGUCCAUUAAUCGUCCUUUGGAUGAUGUUCAUCAGAAAUUUAUACUUGAUUGUUCAAAAGCGAAUAUUGGCCCCACACUUACAUUUAAGGUGUUGAAGGAAACUCUCGGUGGGUUUGACCUUAUCAGUUGUACGGUUGGUGAUAUUAGGAAUGUUUCACGGGACAUCAAAGCAUACGUACAUGGAUUCGAUGUGCAAAUGGUGUUGGAUGACAUGGCUAAGAAGAAGGAAAUGUUUGAGUCGUACACAUAUCACUACGAAGUUAAUGAAAACAAUCAGUUGGUUGCUCUGUUUUGGUGUGAUGGCUUGAUGAAGAGGAAUUACCACAUGUUUGGUGAUAUUGUAGCCUUUGACUCCACGUAUAACACAAACAGGUAUUGUAUGAUCUUCACUCCUUUCACGGGAAAGGACAAUCAUGGAAGACCUGUAACUUUUGCGGCUGGAUUGGUGUGCAAUGAGAAAACAUGGGCAUUUGGCUGGUUGUUCAGACAUUUCGUUGAAUGCAUGGGCAUAACACCGAAGAUGAUCGUGACAGAUAAGACUUGGGCAUGAGAGCAGCUAUUGAAGAGGUUCUGGUUGGCACGCGACACUGAUGGUGUAUGUGGCAUGUAAUGCAUAAAUUGACCACCAAGGUUCCAAAUAGGUUGUUGAGGGAUGACGAUUUCAAGAAGGAAUUCAAUGCAUGCGUGUGGUCGGAUCUCCUUGAGCCCGACGAAUUCGAAGAGGAGUGGAAAAUAGUUGUGGAACGUCAUGGGUUGGAAGACUUUGACUGGUUUUCCUCUGGAUACCGGCGUACUUUAGAGAUUUUCCUCUGGGUUCGAUGAUUAGGACUACGUCCAUUUCCGAAUCAGAGAACAGUUUCUACAAAAAAAUUUUGAAGCCACGUGCAAACAUAGCCGAAUUCUAAUUGAAUUU